GGUUGACAGCCGGUGAGGCGGUUGUGGUGAUAUUAUGUGCUCUGAUCGUACAUCGCGCACACCGCCUCUGCGGGAUUUUAUACUGUAAAUAAUUUUGUACACAAAUACCUUGUUGUUAUUUGAUUAAACCGAAGUGCUAGAUUGCUUUAGUUUCCCUUAAACUCUUUAUAACUGUGCGUUUUUGUAAAAAUCGAACCUUAUGACUUAUUCGAUUUACUUUAUGGAGAUAACAAAAGGUUUUUGAGUGGUUUACCAGAGCUCCAGAAUUUUGUAAUUUAAUGCGAGUUACCAAGUGAUACUAUGUGACGUUUAGAUACUGUGUAAUCUGUAGUUUGCUUUAAGUAUGUGAUUGGCAAUGGCUAGACAAACAGUGUCACUACCUAUAGUAGUAUUGUAAUGGAACUUGUAUUAUGUCACUGUAACACUAGAAGUCCUAGGAUUGAUGAGGUGAUUUUAUUCUGUGAAACAUUUUGGUGAUAAAUCAAACAAUGGCGGAACGCGAUCGUCCAGCGAAAACCCCUAUUAGGGUGGGCUUUUAUGACAUCGAAAGGACCAUCGGCAAGGGAAAUUUUGCCGUCGUUAAAUUAGCACGACAUCGAAUAAUGAAGACUGAGGUCAUGGAGACGAAAAACAUGAUCUACAUAGUAUCUGAAUACGCGAGUAAGGGAGAAAUUUUCGAUUACAUCGCGAGGUACGGGCGAAUGGCGGAGCCGGCGGCGCGCAGAAAAUUCUGGCAAAUUCUAUCCGCUGUCGAAUAUUGCCACGAGAGAAGGAUAGUGCACAGGGAUCUUAAGGCGGAGAAUCUGUUGUUGGAUGCAAACAUGAACAUCAAGAUUGCUGAUUUCGGCUUCAGCAAUUACUACGCGACGGGAGAACUGCUGGCGACGUGGUGUGGCUCUCCUCCUUAUGCUGCUCCGGAAGUCUUUGAAGGCAAGCGGUAUACGGGACCUGAAAUUGAUAUAUGGAGUCUCGGUGUGGUGCUGUACGUGCUGGUGUGCGGAGCAUUGCCUUUCGAUGGCUCCACGUUGCAGUCGCUAAGAGACAGGGUGCUCUCUGGAAGAUUCAGGAUACCGUACUUCAUGAGCGAAGACUGCGAGUCUCUAAUCCGCAAGAUGCUAGUCCUGGAACCAAUGAAGCGGUACACAAUAGAGCAAAUCAAGAAGCACAGAUGGAUGGCAGCAGAGCCCUACACAGUACCGACUGUGGCUGCAGACCCGGCUCGGAGCCCAGCGCAUGUCGCGUCGCAUCAAGAGCCCAAUGAACAGGUGCUAAGGCUCAUGCACAGUUUGGGUAUCGACCCUGUUAAAACUAAAGAGAGCCUACGGUCAAACAGCUACGAUCAUCAUGCAGCCAUCUACCUCCUCUUGCUGGAGCGGCUCCGUGCUCGGGCAGCCAGCGGCGCCGUAGCCGGGGCGGAAGCUCGCAACAGGCCUUCACGUAGACCUUCCUCAGUGGCCGACCAGGCUCUAUCUAGAGAAGCCCAUGAAGCUAGGCGAGAACAUCAUACCAGAUUGUUUCACGCUGGUGAAUCGCAAACCAGAGAGUACAGCAGGGUGACACCUACGCUGUCCACUGUCCCUGUCGACUCGUCGUCGGCGGAAACGCAGCGACUGCUCUCCCUCGCUGCGGUGAACAUGACGGAGCAACGACUGCUCCAGCGAAACUCCGACCCCACGGAUACGCAACGGAGCUUCCUCGUCGCGAACCUCGACUCUCGCAACCACGAAACUGAAUCCACGACGCUACUCUCCAUGAGAAACAUCGACGUGUCCCAAUCAAGCCAAAGAUUAAGCAAACUUAACGAAAACACCGUCCCUACACACAGAUUGCUAUCAACCACAUAUGAACAACAACAGAAUAUACUGAAACAAUCUAGCGAAGAUUGCCGGCGAUUGCUUCAACAGUCGACUGCUGUCGGUUCAGAUAUGAAAACCGCUAAUGAUGGUAGACUACUAACCUCAUCUAGUUUCGAUUCAAAGUGUGCUAUAGAUGGCGGAAGAAAUUCGUCAACGGCAGAUCACAAUGUCAUAGCAAAUUUUCUCCAAAAUUCAGCUUCAGCAACAAAUUUCAACGUUGAAAGUGUGAAGUUGCCAAAUUCAACGACGUUUACUAUAUGUUCUGAAGCAGCUAAGUUAAUGAACACACUGCAGCAGUCACCGUUGCCAUUGAAGGGCACAGUAAAUUUAAGUACUAGUCCAAUACCAUCACAAAUCACGGAAAGCAAACUGAGUAGCGUGCUAGAACAGCCUAAGCCUUUAGAGUCUAGUCGACUCGUGUCCCAGGCGCAGCAACAAGACCUAAGUCGACUCCAAUCCAGCACUCCGCCCUUCAAAGAUUACAUGAACCCGCAUCUUCCAGCAUAUUCGUAUUUACAAAACGCAGUCUUACCGCCUGUAUCGAAUACCACUGAGGCAAAUUUUUCCAUAGCGUCGACCACCAGUGAUUUUUUUCCAAAUUCUCUAUAUCGACCAGACAGUAAAUUUUCCCUUAAUAGAUAUACCACAAAUCAAACGUUUACCCAAGCAUUACCAAACAGUACGAACGAAGCAACAAAAUUUCAACAGCAGUAUUCAUCGUCGACGGAUGAGGGUUGCGAGACCGAUAUGGAGGAAGUGGCAAGCAUGCCAAGCGGCGUGCAAAAUAGAUUAAGUUCUUACGCGAGCUCAAGUUCCAGUAGCGGCGUCGUUACUUUUUUCAACAACAAAAGUCUAAGUCAAAACCUCAGCUGUGAGUCCUCUCAAAGUAAUUUUUCUACUUUCGAAAGUUUGGAUUAUCAGCUAUCAGAUUGCUCCAGUGAACUAGCCAGUAGCCUACCCAGUUGCACUUCGAACGAGGACAAAUUGGCUUACGAGAACAGUUCUCUUGUGAACACGAGUCCGAUGCAUCCAUGCGUCUACAUAUCGUCAUACAAUAAUAAAACACCGGGCACAGGUUUGAUGACGCGACACAACCCGAUCAAUUACCAGACUGCGAGCAAGAAUUGCCCUCGAGCGAUUACACGAAGUCCUGUGGAUUUUAGAGAAGGCAGACGGGCGAGUGACGGGCUAGUGGCACAACAAGCUGCUCAAUCUAAUGAAACACAACCGACUACUCUUGCGUUCAACAGUCAAAGGCUCAACGAGAACUGUAAAGCUAAAGGUGUCCUGGAGCUACAUCUAGUUCAACAAGAAGCACAGAAAUUAAAAACUCAAUACCAGUCCUCCAUACCGGCCGAGGAGAUGACCCAAAGACAGCUACAGCACAACCAAUUCGCAGCGAGCUUCAGUCCACAUUAUUUAGAUACUAAAAAUCCAACUCCUAAACGUAUAAGUCUUCCGGAAUCUUUCAAUUACUCGAGCACUUCUCCACCCAUGCCUGCAAGUCCCAAGAUGGUACCUCAGUUACAAGAAUCCGAUUUGCCCCACGGUGCAACGCUGUCUCAGAGCAGCAAGCCUCCUCUGCAGCAGCAACUAAUGCAACACAGAUUGUACCAACAGAAAAGGCAAUUGCUACAGAAGCAGAUGACCCCACCAAAUUUACCUGCUCAUGAGUUGGGACCGCUUCACGCUCUUCAAGUGGGGCUUAGUCGGCGGCAGAUGUUACGUCAGCAGAGUUACAAAAUUGCUCAACAACAACAAAUCCUGCCACCCUUACCUUUGACAGAAACGGAGAACAGGGAUCUGCUCGCUUUCCAAGCGAUUGUCGAAGGUCCUAACAGGUUGAAAGUGAAACAAGAGGAGAACCCAGAAGACGUGUCCAAAUUUGCAUAUCAGGGAUCGAUGGAGAUAAGCAUAAUGAACAAGGAUAGAUUAGGGAAUGAGAACUGGUCGAACUUGCCGUCCAAUCUGCAAAGCGCGUGUCAAAUUUCGGAGUUGGGGAGGCGAGAGACACGGGACUCGUCCCUUGAAGGCGAGGUGGCGGGCCAUUCUGCGGUGGAUACGCCACUGUGGCCAGCACAGUGGAAUGCCAGCCUGUUCCAGCCUCAGCCUUGCUUCCAGGUAUUCCAACAGACCAACUAAAGUAGAUCUCGCUACGCGUAGAAGUAUAUUUGGUAGUAUCGAUCGUGCACGCAAUGUUCUUCACUUGUUUAUUUCAAUACCCGUCUUCAAGUUGCAGAAUUUGGCUAGAACACAGAAUGGUCUCAUUGUAAGUAGUUUGUAUUUGUAAAGCGUCUUGUGAGCAUAAUAGAACUAUAGUUUCACCUGUACGGACUUUAGGGUGCAUGACAAUAAGUAGUGCUUUGUAAUUGUGGAAGUUUUUACGCAACUGCCAAUUUGUAUGAAAUACUGCAUUAAUAUAAACAUGAUUACACGACCAAACUCUAAUAACAAAAAGAAAAUAUUUAUCCUCGUUUUCAUAUAUUGAAAGUGCACUGUUCAUUAGAUUUUGGUCAAUUAAAUUAAGUCACCCACAAGUGGCGAUAAUUUAGAGAUAAAAUUUUAGCAGCGCUCUUGUAUCCGAUAAUUUAAGAAUGUUUCGAAUAUUUCUAGAGCUGCCAGCAAAUUCUUUACUUUUGCGAUUAUCGGUAACGUGUAUUUUUUGAUAGACAUCACAUAUAAGUAAUAUCGUCCCUCUAUCGUAUCUCAUGACAUUGACAAAUGAAGAAAGGUCAAAAGAUACACGUUAUAUUAAUUGUGUAAAGUAUUUAAAGGAUGGCAAGUUUCAUUUUGUGAUUUAGCAAAUUCCAUAAUGACAUUUUUAUUAUUAACUUGCCUAUUGUAUUAUGUACAGUUAGAAACAAUUAAAUAAAUUUUAUUUGUACCAAAAUCGUUAUUGUUGUUCCUAACUUCAUGCUAAAGGCUGCAAAUUAGAUAAAUCGCACUCACAAUAAUUAUGUGACGUACCUCAAAAAAGAACAUAAACAUGUUACCAAAAGGGAAAUUGACAAUAGUUAUUUGUUAUGUAAGGCUGCAAAGUUGUUGUUUGACGCGAGCACUUGUACUGAAACGUAGCGUAGCGAGGGUUUCAAGGCACGACACGUAAAACAACUUUGUUACCGAGCGAAACAACUUUUCACCUCACUAUAGCGAGGAAAAUGGUAGAUGAAAGAUAAACAGUUGAACUA